UAAUACUGAAGAUGCCGCUAAGCUUCGUUACGCGGUGGGACGCGCUGCAAGAAAACGUUCCUUCAGAAGCAAACCAUAUGAGAGACGCAGAGGCAGUUUUGCGCCCAGUGACUUUUUUCGUGGCUUUAGCCAGUCGUAUAAUUCCUCCGAAAAUUCAAUACAGGGGCUACAAGGGUCGGAACUACAGGAUUCCAGUUCCAAAGAGAUCGUGGCGGAUGUUUCUACUGUCGGCAAGUCGGACACAUGGUCAGAGACUGUCCCUACCUUAAAGGACAGCCCAUCCCCUCCUUGUCAACAUCAACUACAAGUGGAACCUCUAAGCAAUGAAAAUAGUGAAAUGCGCAGUGUUUGGACAGAAAUUCAGGAAAUGAAAAAGGACAGCAGACUUUAUUCAGCAGCAUCAAAUAUUCAGCACAUAAUCAGAAAAGGGAAGAGUGAUAGUUCAAAUAAAAUGUACGACGCAUAUUUUAAAAAGUUUAGGACCUGGUGUUCAGAUCAUGGUGUUUCUUAUUUACCCGCGGCAGUGAGUACGGUGGCCGUUUUUCUUAGCAGUCUCGUGCAGCAGUCGGUGUCAGAAUCAGUGUUAUCAGCCUAUUUUUACAGUAUCAAGUGGUUCCACGAUUUCAAUGUGUGCGUUAAUCCGUGUGAUACAAAAAUUCUACAUAUGGUUAUGGAAGGGGGAAAAAGAAUCCUUUGUAAACCAAUUCAGAAGAAAGAACCCAUAACGCCCGAAAUUUUGGAGCAGAUCAUAAACAAAUACGGUGAUGGCAGUCGAAAAAGUGACUUAUUAAGUGUAAGAGUGUGUGCUAUGUUUCUGAUGGGGUUUGCGGGAUUUUUAAGGUUUAAUGAAUUAGCUAAUUUAAGAGUUAGAAAUAUUUCUUUUCAUGAUUUUUACAUGUUGAGAGUAGUAAAACUGACAUUUAUAGACGGGGUAAUGAUGUUCUCAUUGCAAGUACAGGUAAUGCUACAUGCCCCGUGUUUUGGACAAAACAUUAUUUACAAUUAGCGGAAAUAUCAGAAAAACCAGACGAUUUCGUUUUUAGGUCUGUACGUUAUUUCAAAUCAGAUAAAUGUCACAGACUUUGUAAUAUCAACAAGCCUAUUUCUUACACCAGGGCAUGCACGUGAAAUAUUACUUGAUUCUUUAUCGUCCAUUGGUUUGGAUCCAAAACUGUUUGGUCUACAUAGUUUACGUAGCGGUGGCGCUACUUCUGCAGCUUCAUGUGGGGUAAAUGACAGGUUAUUAAAAAUACAUGGUCGUUGGAAGACAAAAUUUUCAAGGGACAAUUAUAUUAAGGAUUCUGUAUCAAAGCAGUUGAAUGUUACGAAGAAUCUACGCAUAUAAAUUACGUUCUAUGUGUAUAUAAUU